ACAUGACUGCAGAAAAACUAAGCCGGAUUUUUCAGGUCACAGCUCAUAGUCUUUACAUGACUGACGAUGCUAAUGUGGCAGUUUUUCCUGGAGCUUCUGGUGCAUUCAGCACAUUGGACCUUAGUCCAAGAGGUCACUAUGAGGUUCACGGUGAGGAGGACACCUCAUGUGCUUCACCAUCCACUCAGCGCUUCACAUUCAUGCGAACCUCUGCAACUACUCCUGGUCCAGCUUUGGAGCGUGCUGCCUUAGCCCCACCACCGCCACCCAGAGCCACUGCCUCAAAAACUUUUCAAAGAUCAAUUUUUCUUGCUGAGGUGGUUGGUGGGAGGUUGAGUCCGAGCAGAAUGGUGGUGGUCCGGUUUUUGGAAUGUGAGGCUACCCUUCAGGGGAUCAUCGGAAAAGUGCAAGAUGCGAUAGGAAGUCAUGACCCCAUCGUAUUGACUGAUGCACAGGGCAACGCAAUCCUGGAGUCUGAAGGAACAACAGGAUCACAGUACUGGAAACAAAAUGCACGAAAGAUCCUUGCAGUACAAGAACAGAGCUUCCAGGUGUUGCAGGGCAACAAAAGGAGGAGAAUGAGUAGCAGCCGAAAAGAUGAAGAAGCUGCAGGUAUUGGAGAGGUCACUGAGAAGAUAGAAGAGCUUCUACUGGCAUCACAGAAUCUACCUGAUGUCACUGCAUCAAUCAGAGAACUCACCAAUCUAGCUGCCACUCAAAAAGUAAUCCUGACUCCUUCCCAGCUACAUACCAUCAAACAAGGGUUCUGCUGUGUUAUUUGUAUGAAGUUCAUUGAGGAACCAGUCUUCACACAGUGUUGCCAGAGCAUUAUUGGCUGCAAAACAUGUGUGGAACAGUGGCAGGAAACCUCGGUGCACUGUGCAAAAUGUAGAGUGAACACUGCAGGCAACAACAUAUUGGAAGUGAAUGGUCUGUCAGAGGCAUUUUCUGUUCUGAGUUCCCUUUUUCAAGAGGAGUAACUAUUUGCACUUUAACACCCACCAAUAGGUUGUAAAACACGUUUAUUACAGUUUUUUUGCAAAGAUUAAAACAUGUGGGUCAGAGUUUUAGUAAUGAUGACAAUUGAAUU